UCACGUAUGUUUUGGUGUGUUUGCGUGGACGACUCGAGUUUAAAUAUCUCUAAAAGUCUGUUUAAGUGUCUCUAUCUCCCUCUUCAUCCCUCUCUCUCCAUAGAGCGAUCACGAACAAUACACAACUUAAGAUGGUGCGAGCCUGUUGUAUCCCGGGAUGUUUGUCGGGACAAAACGUUCCAUCUCAUAUGUUUCCAAAAGAUAUUGAACGCCACAAGCAAUGGUUUAAGGAAUUGAACAUGAAAGUAAUAGAGGACGAAAAAGAACUUAAAAAAUUAAGAAUUUGCUAUCAGCAUUUUCGUAAUGAAGAUUACACUAAUUCUCCAACAAGAAGAACUUUAGAACAAAAUGCUAUUCCAUCUAUAAAUGUACUGCAACAUGCAGAUGGUAUGAAUGUCGAACAUAUAUCACAACACACGGAUGGUAUGAAUGUCGAACAUAUACCACAACACACGGAUGGUAUGAAUGUCGAAUAUAUACCACAACACACAGAUGGUAUGAAUGUCGAACAUAUGCCACGACACACAGAUGGUAUGAAUGUCGAACAUAUACCACAACAUGCAGACAUCGAACAUGGUAAACAACAUACUAAUACUGUUCAAGAAAUAUUGGCCCAACAUAGCAGUCAAUUGCAAAAGCAUGAACAAGUAAUAAUGCAACAACGAAAUGAUAUCCAAAAUAUGAAGAAGACAUUGUCUAAUCAAAGACCUAUUCUUGGUGAAGUUACUCGUGUACAUUUAUUGAGUCCUACUGCUAAGAAAUUGUAUUCAACGGUUAUUGCAAUGAAGCGAGCCAAAAGACGGCUAAAGAGACUUUUUGACAAAGGAGGAAAAAGGAAAAGAAUACAUACAACUUCUAAAAGAAAUACUGAUUCAACGGCACAGAUUAGACGGAAUUUUAUAAAUAUGCUCCAAAGAAAUAGUGAUGUAAAAUCACAGGUAUAUACAUCAUCCCUUUAA